UACACCUAUGACCCCCAAUUGGUCUGGAUAUAAACAAACGCCUUUUUGUAAAGCUCUUAAAUUAAAAUGGAAACAUGUGGCCUUAUUUGUGUGAGCGGGGACUAUGAGAAGUUCCUGAUGCGCUGCUCCCAGUGUCCUACGGACGUGGAGGUAGCUCAGUGGCAGGAGUUUGUGCUCCACAUCCGAAACGUGCACAGCCAAGUCCGGAUCAUUAAAGAAGAGUUGAAAAAAAUAGUGGAGGAAGAUGACGAAGUGCCAGAGGACGAAGUGGAAUCUAAGGAGGAGAUUCUAAAGAAGACACAGGCCGAGGAAGCCGAAACAGCAGAGGAAGCCAAUAUUGAGUUGGAAAUAGAGCCAGUUGGCUCCUCUGUUUACGCGACAGAGGAGUCUAAUCAUUCAGAUACCACUGAUCACGAGGACUACGACCAGGAGGUAGAACCCAGUGAGCUGACUGUGGAUGAGGCAGAUGUAAAAUCUGCGCCCACUUACAAGUUCAAUCCAUCCUUUUUUCGCCGGGACCCUCGAACGCUGAAGUUCAUAGAGAUCUACAAAGCCCACCCGUGCCUCUGGAAUCCUGCCCACAGCCACUAUAAGGAGCCCAGAGCAUGGAAGGAUGCGUUCAAGCGGAUGCUGGCCGACUUGGAGGCAACUGUGGCCGUAUUCCUAAACGAGACUACUUUGAAGGUGGCCAUCAAGAAGGUACACAUGCAGUUCAACACCGUCCACAAGCGAGUGCUUUCGGGAAGGCAAAAGACGCAAUCGUUGGCUUACGGGGUAUAUUCUCUGUGCAGCUUUCUGAAGGCCAGCAGGGAUGAGGAAGAAGCUAACAAAAACGAAAAGAUCAAGCUGGACUUUUCCAAGAAAAACAAGCUGACCACCGAUCUGAUUGAGAUGUAUGCCAACUUUCCGCAGUUGUAUGACUCCACGCACACCGAGUUCUCCAACAUGAACUCCCGGAAACAGGCUUAUGAAAGCCUGGCCGCUGAAAUCUCAGUGCCAAAUGUGGACAUCAACAGCGAUGACAUCUUCCGCGCCAUCCACAAUCUUCGCCAAUGGUACUACAAGAGCACCAAGCAUGCCAUUAAUGCUGGAAGUGGGGCGGAGAAGUUCUAUCUGGAGGUAUGCCGAUUUAUGCCCCCCAAGAUGUUCAAGCAGCGCCUGGUCUGCGAGAUCUGCCACCAGGUCACGUCCUCGGAUCACGUCCUGCAGUCGCACAUCUUUAAAGCCCACAACAUCGGCGAGCUGCCGUUCAAGUGCACGCUGUGCGACCGGAGUUUUGUUGGACGUGGCGAGCUGGCGAACCACAUCCAGCGGGUCCACAUCGGCAAGACACAUAAGUGCACCCACUGCGAGCGGACAUUCGCGGUGAAUUCGGAUCUUCAGCUGCACAUCCGCACUCACACGGGCCACAAGCCCUACGUCUGCGAGCACUGCGGCAAGGCAUUCCGACUAAGGUCCCAAAUGAAGCUCCACGUUACGGCCAUUCACACCAAGAUCAGGGCCUUCAAGUGCAGCAUGUGUCCCAAGGACUUUGUGAAAAAGGUCGACCUGUCGGAUCACAUCAAGGGCCACCUGAACAUCCGCGACAAAAUCUGCAGCGUGUGCGGCAAGGGAUUCACCAGCUGCCACGCUCUGAUCCGCCACCGACAGAUCCACUCCGAGGUAAAGAAGUUCGUGUGCAAGCUUUGCGACUCCAGGUUCUCCCAGUUCGUGGGUCUCAAUACGCACAUGAAGCGCACCCACAACAUUGUCCGCAACAGUUCGCAAAAAGCAAAAGAGGCUGUGGACGUUGAGCACUAGAUACGGCUGAAUAAAUAUUUAUUAAAAUGGUACAAAAUAAAUGGGGUGUAAAUGUAUUAUAUUACAAGGGAAAAACAAUCUAU